UUAUACCUCGUAUAGAGCGAGACGCAGCCGGAACCGAGGCAGGACGGGGCGUGGUGGUGCGCACUCAGUUCUCUGAAUCCAUCUUUGGCGUAUCUGUGGACUCGCUGAUGCCGGGGAAGCGUCGGCGUCUCCUGAACCUCACCGUCACGCCACACACUGGAAAACACUGGCAGGUGAGCCUACAUGUGCCAAUUAUCUCUACAGCCCUCGAGUGGGAGACGAAGCUCUGGAAAAAUCAGGGCAAGCAACAUUGGGAAGUUAAUGGGGAAGUCAAGUCUACCAAAUCUGACAUAUCGUUAGAAUUCGUUCACUUCAAGCAGGAGAAGCAGGACGAGGAGACUCAGGUCACGGAUGACAGAGGUGAGGCUGGCAGGUGUGAUGCUGAAGGUUGUGGGGACGGCAAUGUCAAGGAGCCAAAAGCCAAGUCGCGGCACCACGUCGACAGUGAUUGCGACUCAGAUUUAAGUAAAGAACAGACAGUAGACCAGAAUGAAGUUUGUAGUGGUCGAGAUCCUAAAUCAGAAGACUUAAAGCAAAAUGAUCAUGAUUCCGUAAUGGUAAAUGUAGACGAAGAAUGUUCCAGGAAAGCGGAGUGUGAUGGACAGGAAGAGUCAGUGUCAAGUGACGCUGUUCAAGAGACUACACAAAAAUUAACUUCCCGGGUUUUCAGCCUUUCUUCCAACAUGAAAACUUUCAUCUCAUCUGACGGAGGACGCUGGAUUCGGAUCCUGCAGCGCACACACCUGGCAUUCUGUCCUCACGUUGGCUGGAACUUGAACCAAAUAUUUCGGUUCAAUCGUGACUGGACUGGGUGGGAGUACGUGGUGAACACCUGGGAGUGGGGCAACAUGGUGGUGAAGGCGGAGUGGGGCGUCUCUCUCCUGCAGUGGUACCAGAAAACUUUCAGCUUCUCUUUCGACCAGGCGGCGGCGCUCCCCUCCACGCAGCUGGUCCUGGAUUUCCGUGACUGGUGGAGCUACAAGGUGUGGCUGAAGUGGCCGGUCCUCGCGUCCUCCCUCGCCGCUUCCCUCACGCUUGGUCGCGACAGUCACACACUGCUGGGCGAGUCAGACCGUGUGGGGGUGACGUGGGAAGUGAAGAAAGUGGACGAGUUUCUGGGUGAGGACGCCGGAAAGGUGGUGGCGCGGGUGGUAGCGCGACACACCCCUGCUGGCUUGGUGGUGACCUUCCACGCCGACACCGCCAGCAUGCAGGAGCUCCACGAUACCGUCACUGCCGUCCUUGCUCAGGCCAUGGAGAGCCCUGACCUGUGUGGCGAGGUGCCUGACCACGCCACGCUUCUGAAGUUCCUGCACGACUUCCUUGGACAGUCACCGGCGAGUCUCUGGGCGGAUCUGCUGCAGGAAGUCCGUCGCCUGCUGCUGGGGUCUGGCACCGAGGCAGACUUACAUCACCUGCUGGAAGUUUUCAGGGAGGAAAUGGGGACAGCAGAAGGCGUAGGAUUGUGGGAGGCAGUAUGGACGGUGCUGGAGCGGGCGGGGCUGCUGCGUUCCCGCGGCGAGGAGGUGGAGGUGGUGGUGCCCUCCGAGUGGAUUAGGCUGGCGCAGGGGUGGUUCACUUGGGCUGUCAUGGGAGGCGGCGGGCAGUGCGAAGGCAACACACUGAUGGUUAACCUGGUGGAUGCGCUGGCGGAGACCCUGAGGCGAAGUGGCAGCGGGCAAGCAACCUUUUGACCCACCAGUCAGACAAACUUUUAUGUUCGUUCUGAAGGCAAAUCAAAAGCAGGAAUUUGUUACCAAAACCAUAAAUAAAUGACGUCAUCGUACAUCUGGCAUCCAUUCGUGUAGCUGCUAUACAACACUAUAUUGUUUAUUUAUUUAUUUUUUUACAUUGUGUUGAUUAAUUGCUUGCUUAUUCUUAGAAAAUAUGUAGGCGAUAAUAUCAACAUAAAUUAUAUACAUGUAUUCAUUUCAUUGGGACUAUUCACUCCUGUUGCUACAUUCUCAUGUUCGUUUGUAUUGAAAAAUGUUCCCUUAAUUAUCAAUACACCCAACCAUCAAUAAUUAUUAUAGUAAUAUCAAAAUAAAAUGUUCAUUGUUAAAUACUGGAUCAAAAUAAAGCCAAUCAGGGACCUCGACACUUGCUUUACCAUUUACGUAAGAAAGAAAACCCCGUUGAAAAAGCAGAAUCAACUGGACUUCCGCGGGAAACUACAACAAUCAUCAUCAGUCCACUGCUAUUUCCUCCGCGUAAAAGCAAUGCAAGAUGUGCUACCUCGUUUUGGAGGUGUUUUCAGGACACAGGGAAGGAAGAUGAAACCUGACUAUCUUGCACCUCAAAGACUCAAAACAGACCACCACCACCACCAGCACCACCACCACCACCACCACCACCACCACUACCUAACGCUGUGUCCAGGCUGGAAUGUGUGACCUCUCUGCCAGGAAUGUCACCGUCUUCUCACACUCUGACACCAAGUACCUCACAACAUCACCUGCAAUACUACACCUCUGAGCCCCCCCGGAGCCUGGCGGCCCUGCUCGGUCCCUUCCACGACUCGCAGCGAGAGAGAGAGGUCGAGGUGCGGUGGUCUCGUGGCGGAAGGCUGAAGGAGGCGGUGAAGGAGUGAAGGUGUGAAGUGUGCAGCUUCCACUUCAUCAUCCCAUGAACAGCCCACAGGAAUCUCUACCAGCACCUGGUUAUUAAACAGUGUUGUCACGCCAGGCCCAAUGUACUCCAUUGCAAUCAGGGAGUCAAGCUUCACCAGGAAAAGAGGCAGAGCGUCACCACCUUCAAGCCCCACAAGAGGUAUUAAGUAUCGUUGGGACAAAGCAAUCAGGGAAGAGUCAAGUUGCAGUAAGAAGAGUGUGUCAAGAAUUUCAAGCAGGAAGAACACGUAAAAUUCCCUUCAAGUCAUGGCGGGACCGACAGGCAACCUUCAACACUUGUGGAGGCACGAGAGCUGCAGGCAGUUUCACAAAGAAGAGGUUGCUCCUCACUCAAGUUGACGCAAGGACACAAGAAUUGGCAAGUGUUGUUGCUCCCAGGCCCUGCUGCAAGAGUUCUCCAGUCCACUCCAGUCUGGGAAGGAAGAAUGUAGCAAGUCCCUCUCUUCUGUAUUCAACAACCACCACCACCACCUUCAUUCAGGCUUGGGAUAAGUUUUGUACAUUCCAGCACUUCAGUAAUAAGGAAAAAAAGUGCCAUGUUUAUAUUAUUGUUGUGUAUUUAUUCACUUAACAUUCACAUUAAAACAAUAAACAUUCAGUAUACCAUCUUGAACAUAA